GCGAGGGUCUUAAGCAAAUUGAUAUAGCGAGUGACAAGGCCCUCAACAGGACCAUGCAGGAGGAGCUGGAUUGUGGUGUCCAGCAGAUGCAGACUGGGGUCUUCCAGCUCAAAUUGUCACCAGGACAAGCUCUGAACCUGACCCCAGCAGCAAUUCAGCAAACUAAUUCCACAGACUCUGGGCAUGUAGCACAUGAGGAAUGUUCCAGGAGCUUCAAUCAGUCACAGAGUUUCACUGUACCCAAGGGAACGAGUGAUGAUCCCACUGAAACACAUCCAGCUUGUGGCCACCUGAAUUUUGACACCUCCAACUCCAGCCAUCAGCCACAAGCUGGGAGUGGUGAUGCUGUAAAUGAAGAUUCUGAUCGAGUUUUGGAGAAGGAGAAGCUAAAAAUCUUUGCGGGAACUAAAAGCCAAGAGUCUGAUUUUAAGUUUAAUUUUGCAAUCCCUGAGGCAGACGCUGAAUUGCAGCAGGCAAACUGUACAGGACGACCUGUGUCUGUAGUUCAGAAUGCAGAGGCAAAGGCAGAUCCCAUCCUGCUAAGCCAUCAAAAGGCCAAACAGGUCAUGGCUUCCAAACCCUCACAGAAAAAAAAAAAUAAAGUGCGGAGCAGUAAACACACAGCUGAACCUGCGAGAGGUGGAGAGAUGCAGAGCGGGGAGAGCAAUGGAAGAGAGAGGAACUCUGCAGCUCAUGGAGAAGGACAAUGCCUGUCUUCAGAUGAACAACUGCGGCGGGAAGUGGAUUGGUGCAUUGAGCAGCUGGAACUUGGGCUGCGCACUCAGAAAGUCAAACAGAAACAAGCUGAUGGGGCCCUUCAUGCACUGAGAACCCUCCGCAGUGAGAAAGCACCACUUGUGAAGAAGCGGCAGGUGAUGAGGUCCAUUUUUGGAGACUACAGGAAAAAGAUGGAGGAGGAGAGGCAGAAACAGUUCAGAUUGAUGCUUGCAGCUACAAAAUCUGCCAAAAUCAAACCAGUUGGAAGGCAGACAAAGAGCAAAAUCUUCCGAAAAUCAGUGAGCAAAUUGACGAAGAGUGGGGAUUUCCCUGAAUCUGACUCCAUGAAUUUGGAGAGGAGCACAAUUCAAUGUGUGAGCGAGUGUGACCAAGACCACCAAAAUCACUUCCGAUUUAAUUUCUUCUGAGUCAUGGUAUGGUAUUUGAAGUGUGAGUGAUGAAAAUCUUUGCGUCAUGGACCUGGGCUGGGAAGCCUGCACCUGAGUAUCCCUUUCAUGGAGUUUUCUGCUCAAACCUCGGGCUGAAAACUCUCUUCACAAAUGGACACAUCUAUUCCCCUUUGUCAGAUGCUCUUGGGCUGCAGAUUUGGGUAGGUCCAGGAAUCUGAUUGUGUGGCUUUGAACUGAUCAAUUUCUAGUCAGCAAAUGACGUGUUGGGAUAUUGCCACUCUCCCAGUUAAGCAGCCUUGUUAAAAGCUUUGAUGAAUGGUUUCAGCCUCAGUUUCUGCCAGAUCAUUUAAAUGAGAGUUAGGGGAUGUAUUUGGAAACUGGUCUUUCUGGAUCAGCGUCUCUGCUGACCCCCACUCUCCUUAAGCUCCAAGUUCUGACCAGUCCAAGCUAGUGUCACCAUUUAUAUUUAGAGAGAAUUAGUGAGGGUAGGGGUGUGUUGAGAAGGUUGCUGUAGAACCCAGGUUUAUUGUUCAUUUUCUCCACAUGCUGCCAUUGCUGUUGAUUUCCAUUUGCUCUGUUAACAGGCAGGAAUGUGACUGUCUCUCCAGUAAAGUGAACUCAAGCUGGAACCUUGUUUUAACCAUAUAGACAUAAAAGGAUGUUGCACUUGAAGCCCUUAUUUUUAAGUUGUUUUGAGUUGAGCGGUGUGUUCACUCCUGUGGCAGCCCAGAAGCCUCUGCCUGUCUGUAUUCAUGUGCUAAAGGUGAAUAAAUGAACAUUUUUUUGACCUGUAAA